AUGGCAAGCAAGAAGCGAGAAGUCCAAUUACAGUCAGUCAUCAACAGUCAAAGCCUUUGGGAUGAGAUGUUGCUGAACAAGGGCUUAACAGUGAUUGAUGUUUACCAAGCCUGGUGUGGACCUUGCAAAGCAGUGCAAACUUUAUUCAGAAAAUUGAAAAAUGAGCUGAACGAGGAUGAAAUUCUUCAUUUUGCUGUUGCAGAAGCUGACAACAUUGUGACCUUACAGGCAUUUAGAGAUAAAUGUGAGCCUGUGUUUCUCUUUAGUCUUAAUGGUAAAAUUAUUGCAAAGAUACAGGGUGCAAAUGCACCACUUAUUAACAAAAAAGUUAUAAGCUUGAUCAAUGAAGAAAGGAAAGUCAUAGCAGGUGAAAUUGCUCGUCCUCAGUAUCAUGAAAUCCCACUCAUAGACUUAUCUGAAGAAGAAAUGGGGGAAUCACAUGACAGUAUUGGGGAAUCUUACAGUAUUGCUAUUAUCAAGCCUGAAGCUAUUCUUAGGAGAAAAUAUCAAGGAAUUAAAGAAAGUAUUAUCAAAAUAGGAUUUGUCAUUGAAGAAGAAACUAAGAAGAUUCUCACUGAAGAAGAAGUGAGAGACUUCUACAGUAAAGUAGCAGAUCAGCCUGACUUUGAAGAAUUCGUGUCUUUCAUGACAUCUUGUCUGAGCUGUGUGCUCAUUAUAUCACAAGGAGAAGAACCACUGAGUGAUGAGAAGGAAACUGACACUCAGCCUGUGGUGGAAUCUGAAAGACUAUCAGAGCAACAAGUGGAGAAUGACAUUGAAGCCAAACUUGGGAUGGCAAAGAAGAAACGGGACAGUUUGCAAGAAUAUUUGGAACGACAACAUAUAUCUCAAUUUUGUGAUGUUGAAGAAAAUCCGAUUUAUGUUACUAAGUUCAUUGAUAUAUUUUUCCCUGAUUUUAAAACAAGAGGCAUAAAAUUAGUACAGACUCUAGCAUUGCUGCGACCAAACGUCUGUGCAGAAAGAAAAGAUGAUGUUUUAAAUAUUAUUAAUAAUGAAGGGUUUGAAAUAUUGAUGGAAAGACAAGUAGUACUAUCAGAAGAGGAAGCAAGAAGUGUGUGCAAGGAAUAUGAAAAUGAAGACUAUUUUAAGGAGCUUAUAGAAUACAUGAUCAGCAGUUCAUCUCUUGUUCUUGUUUUAUUGAGAGAGGAUGGUUUGGAACACUGGAAAGAGUUACUGGGACCAAGAACUGUUGAAGAAGCCAGUAAUUAUGAUCCUAAGAGUUUAUGUGCACAGUUUGCAAUGGGAAGCUUGCCGAUCAAUCAGUUGUAUGGAAGCAGCUCUACCAAGAUAGCUGAGAAAGAAAUAGAGCAUUUCUUUCCUCCUGAGAGCACUUUAGCAUUGAUUAAGCCUCACGUAACGCACAAAGAAAGAGGUGAGAUCCUGGAUCACAUCAAGGAAGCCAGGUUUGAUCUGACCCAGAUGAGGGAGAUGGUCUUGACUCCAGAAUAUGCAAUUAAAAUUUACUUCAAAAUAUCUGACAAACCAUUUUAUAAAAAUGUAUUGGAAGUCUUAGCUGAGGGCCCAUCUCUGGUCAUGGUUCUGACCAAAUGGAAAGCUAUUGCAGAGUGGAGAAGGAUGAUGGGUCCAGUAGACCCAGAAGAAGCAAAACUCCUGUCCCCAGACUCUAUCAGAGCCAAAUAUGGAAUAAAUAUUUUGAAAAAUGCUGCCCAUGGAGCAUCUGAUCUAUAUGAAGCAUCAAGCAGCAUUAACAAUAUGUUUGCAGAAGAUGAAUCUGAGAAUCUAGAGGAACACUAG